CAUUGUUGUUUGUUGAUUGUCAUUGUUGUCAUUGUUGUUUGUUGUCAUUCAAGUUGUCUCUGAAAGCGGUAAACGUGCGGUAAACCUUUCGGUAAACGAAAGAUGUUCAUUUUUACUGAAACGCUUGUUAUUUAAUCAUAAGAAAUAUAUAGUCAUAUAAGUAAUUAGAAGAAUAGAAACUAGGUAAUUAGAAAGAAAAGAACACAAGAAAUACUAGCAAGAAUUGUUUUUUUCAAUCAACUUAUCAAGGAUUUUUUCUUAUCCUUUGAAUUAAUCAUGUCUGUAAUUGUGUCUGCUAUACAAGUAAAAUGGUUUCUUAAGCAAAUGUGCACCAACAAAUUGUUUGUAGUUGAUACUUCUAACUUUAGAGUUGGACGUUGUCCCACUGCACAAGUGAUUUUGAAUAGUAAUAAAACCUCGAGGACACAUUCUUCUUUUCUUGUAAAUGUAGAAGGGCAUCUAUUUAUUCAAGAUUUAAAGAGUGUUAAUGGCACAUUUGUUAAUGGCCAACAAAUUGAAGUAUAUGUUCAACAUCGAGUUUUUCCUGGAGAUAUUGUGAGCUUUGGUCUAGCUCAUGAAAAAUUAGCUGAAAACGAAAAAGAUAGAAAUACAUUUUUUGAGGUUUUGAUGGAAGUACCAAAACCCUUGGAACCAGUAGAGAUAGAUUUAGUAGACUCGACGACUGGUAUAUCUGAAAACAAACCUGUUGCCAUAAUUGAUCUAGUUGAAACUCCAAGUAAUGAAAAUAUAGAUAGUAGUACUAAUAGUCAAAUAGGAUUACAUAGUUCAAUCUUAGAAACACCAAAGGAAUUUUUAAAUAAUUUGUUUGGAAGCUCACCUAGAUCAUUGAAUUUAGGAGAUUCUGUAAAAUCUGAUAAAUUUCAAUAUAAGACAAGUGUGGAUUUAGGUGAAAAUCAAGAUGUUUCAAAACUAACAGUAUCUGGAAUGAAAGAGUUUAAGGGUGAGAGCAAAACCAAUGUUAUUACUGAUGGUAGUUUAGAGUUGAAUAAUGAGUGUGAAGAAAAUGUAUUCUAUAUUAAUGAUAGUGAUAGUGAAAUCUCUCUGGACAAUAUUUCAAAAGAGAGAAAUACCACAUCCAACCUGUCUAAUGUUUGCUCAGAUGUUUUAAGCCGUAAUAUUACCACUGAUAACAGUAAUAGUCCUAGUACAGACUUUAAUAAAGGAAAACAUGAAAGUACUGACUUUAUUAGUGAAUAUAAGGAGUUAAAAUAUGCACUAAAUAACAGUUUUCUUGCUAAACAGGUAAUAAAUUGCCAAAAUGCAUCAAGUGAUUUGAAAAAUAGUGGUAAAAAUUACAACGACAACAAUUUAAGAAGAAAAAGUGAUACAAGUGUAGACCUAAAGUCUAAAAAUAAGAUAUUUAAAGACGCUAAAACAAUGCAGCAAAAUAAAAUGCCUCUUAAACUAAAAAAUAAUUUAUUAACAGAUAAGGAAUCCUCAGACAGUUCAUUAUUAAACAAAAUUAAGAACAAAGGUAAAUGUAUGAUAGAAAAGUUGGGAACUACUGAAAAUAAAACAAAUGUAAAUAUGCCUGAUAUUGAAAAAGUUGAGGAGAAUGUGUUAGACGAAGUAUUACUAGUCUCUUUGGUUAAAAGUAAUACAAACAAGAUAAAUAAUCAAAUGAAAGUAAAUUUUGAAGAUAAUUGCAACUUAAGUCGUAAUGAAGAAGUAGACCAUAAAAGAAGCUCAGAAAAUUUACUCUCUUCACCUAUUGGAAGUUCUAAUAACAGUAAUAUUAAUAAAAGUGACAGAUCUUUUUCAAACAGUUUUUCCACAUGUAAAGAUGCAUCAAUUGUUAUUGAUGUGACUGACGAUGAUGAUGAUGAUUUUUCAUGUAGUCAAAUUUUCCAAAUGUCUGAAAAAGUAAAAACAGUAGAACAAGAUGAUAAUUUCCAAAAAAUUAAAAGGGAAUUGGCUGAAAUGGACUUUUGCAAUGACGAAAUAAUUUUAAAUCAAGUACCAGUUGACUUGGAAAAUGAUUUUGAGAAUUCUGGAUUUGAAAAUACGCAAGAGAUGUGUGACUAUUUAGAGGAUGAUUUAGAUAAUAUACAAGAAAAUGCUAUAGAACCUGAUAUAUCAAGUAAGUCAAAAGAUACAGAAAAUAAUUGCUAUUUGACAAGUAAAGAGUUAAUGGUAGGCCCAUCCAAAGAUGAUUGUCAUAAGCUAGACAUAAAAAAAAAUAAUAUAGUGGAUGAAUCUCAUAGAAAUAAAAAAUCAAACAAAAAAUCACCAGGAAAGUUGUCAGUGAAGGUUGAUACUAAAGCAAGCAAUAAAUGUGCUAUGGUUAAAAGGAAGAACUCAUUAGAAGAAUCUAAGAAUAAGAAAAAAAUAAAAGCGUCUAUAACUACCCCUGGCUUGUUAUCUAAAUGCGACUCAAAGAGUAUCCAAUCUGAAUUGAAAAAAAGACAUUCUGGAUCAGGUCUUGAAAUAGACAAAUCAACAAAAAGUGCUAUUAGAGAAGAGAGACGUAAGAAACUUAAGCAAUUAGAAGAAAGUAAUGCUAAAAAUAAAAUAGCAAAGAAAGUAUGUGAUAAUAUUUCUACAGUAAAAGUAAUGCCACAAGCAACAACAAAUCGGGGCUCAUUUUUAUGUGAAGAACCUUCCUUAGUUAAAGUUGCAAUACAAAAUAAAUCACCAACAUAUAAAUUGAAACCAAUAGAUUUACCUAAGUUGCCACCUUUGACUAGAAUUAGUGACACUACACCAAGCAAUUCGUUUGGAGGUAAUACUAAAGGCAGAUAUAAUUUAAGGCACAGUAGUGGUAAUAAUGUUGUACAAACCGCACACCAUAUUUCAAGUACAACAUCUAAUAGGGGUCAGAGUUUACCACAAUCUUCUAUAGAAACUACAAGCAAAGCAACUAAAAGUAGUGAUAUGAAUUUUAAAACCCCUGCUACUACAAGAAACACCAAUUUACAAAGGUCGAACUCAAAUUAUAGUACAAUAUCAACUAUAGAAACUUUGUCUAGUCGAUUAAUGUAUCCUAAUGUCCCCACUGCUACUCUAAAAAAUACGUCGAAUCGACAUUUAAUAAACUAUAGCACUGACGAUAUUGUUCACAAAAUUGUUCAUUGGUCUCCUAAUUGGCUAGUAGAACAAGUUGAUAUAGAUAUUAGUCCACCUAUUAACGAUCCACCAGCAAGCAAAAUUCCAUUAAAUUUUCGAGAUUUUAAUCAUUACUAUGAUACAUUCUAUAAGAUGGUACUAUUGGAAAAAUGGCAUUAUUUAUUUAAAGGAUUCAGGGAAAGUAAGGAGCAGCCCAGAAAAGCUCAAAUUACACAUGUACGGGUAAUGAAUGAUUUGAUGUAUAUCGACUGUAUAUGUUAUAUCACCAAAGAAGAACUAAGAAAGGGACUGUAUUAUAGAAAUGAAGACUUUUUACUAGUGGAAUAUAGAACAAGUGAUAGCAACAAAUAUUACUUGUCACUAAAUUUUGGCUUUGUUAGUAGAUGCAAAAAAACAGAAGUAUUAGAAAAGGACUUAGGUGAAAUAAAAUUACUUUCCCAUGAACAACACAUAUGUUUAGAAUUUACCAUAGUAACUCGAUAUCAACCAGGCAAGAAGAUUGAUUGUAAAGCACAUAUUUUGUUGAAAUUAUUAGCAAAUAUAGGAGCACAUCUGAAGCAAAUAAAAGCUAUUAAGAGUUUGAAGGAUUCAGCUUUAUGUAAAAGAGUAUUAUAUCCAAUUAUUGAAGAUUAUACAUUUCCUAUAACACAUCGUAAUAUUGUUCAUCCGAAUAUGUUAAAUUUUGAACAAAGACAAAUUGUUCUCGAAGCAGCUAGUCUCUGUACAGGUUCAUCAAAGGGUAUCUAUUGUAUCAAAGGGCCUCCUGGGACAGGAAAAUCAAGUGUUAUAGUGAAUUUAGUUUUUCAAAUAUUAACUUCUUAUUACAUAACACAGGAAACAAAGAACCCUCCUUUGAUAUUGUUAGCAGCUCCAUCAAACACAGCCGUUGAUACUUUGUUGUCAAAGUUGGUUGCAAAGAAGUAUAAGCUGCCGACUUCAGAAUGGGAAAAACUUAAAAUGAAUAUCAAAUUAAUACGAAUCGGACCAGAAGCUAGUUUAAGUGGGGACGGAAUUCUCUAUUCUCUUACCUCUUUAGCAGCAAAACAUGUCGGUACGAGAAAUAAGGACCAUCCAGCAUUCAUAGCUGCAAGAGAAUCACGUGAUGAUAUGAUGCAAUUUUCAAAGAGAUAUUUUGGAAAAAAUUAUGGUCAAGAAUUAAAAAUAUGUGAAGAUAUUGUUAUAAAAAAUAGUACCAUAAUUUGUACCACUUUAAAUAGUUGCGUUAAUGGGAAACUUAUUGAUGCUGUUAAUCGGGGUCUUAUUAAAUUUUCGUGUUGUAUAAUUGACGAAGCAACUCAGUGUCAUGAAGUCGAAUCACUGCUACCUGUUAUGUUAGGCAUAGACAAGUUUGUUCUUGUGGGAGAUCCAAAACAGCUUAAUGCAACUAUCAUGAAUAGGGAGGCUUCAAAUUUGGGCUAUUCUGAAAGUUUAUUUAGCAGAAUAUCAAAUAAUUUUAAGAAUACUCGGAGAAGUCCUAUACGAAUGUUGACAACACAAUAUAGGAUGCAUCCUGAAAUUUGUUCAUUCCCAGCAAGACAGUUUUAUGACGGAUUGUUAAAUUCUUUGCCAAAUCAUCCCAACAAGUUGCCUGAUAAAAUAAAACCUUACUUGGUCUUCAGCUGUGAUAAGUUUAAUGAUUGUGCGGAUUAUACUAAUGUUGACGAAGUUCAUUUACUAAAAACAUUGUUACAUUCAAUCAUUGAACUAGUUGACAGUAUUCAUGUAUAUACUAUUGGUAUUAUUACUCCAUAUAAUGCGCAAAAGGAUCUUAUUAACCACAACAUUAAAGAUUUGCUGUAUUCAAAGAAAAAUUGUAAGAUUACAGUAAAUACUGUUGACAGUUUCCAGGGAUCUGAAAAUGACGUAAUUAUAAUUUCGUGCGUGCGUAAUACAACAAAUUCAUUCUUGCAAAAUGAAAAUAGACUGAAUGUUGCUUUGACCAGAGCAAAACAGGUUUUGUACAUUAUUGGAAAUUACAAUUUGUUUAAGGAAUGCCGAAUAUUGUACGAUCUUAGAGAAGAUGCAAAAAAACGAAAAAUGAUUUUAAAUAUUAAGCAAAAUCCACAGACAAUUACUAGCUUUCGUAAAUAUCUAAUAAAGCAGAUGUAAUCAUUUUUUAUAUUAUAAGUAUAACGUUACAUAUUAAAGUGCUUUUUCUGUUG